CGAAGUCAUAAGGCUGAGGCACCGCGGCUGAAUCAGGAGCUGCCCGGCCGGUGCAUGCUGGUGGUUGCUGUAAAACUCGCUUUCCGACAUGGUUGCUCUCUUUCCGGUUCUUUUUCUCCAUGUAGGGCUUGCAAGCUUUGUUGCUUCGCAGAGAAGCUUUGGGAUUGAUUAUGCCCAUGACUGCUUUGUCAAGGAUGGAAAACCAUUCCGAUACAUCUCGGGCAGCAUCCAUUAUUCCCGUGUGCCCCGGUGCUACUGGAAGGAUCGGCUCUUGAAGAUGAAAAUGGCUGGGCUGGAUGCCAUUCAAACGUACAUACCAUGGAACUUCCAUGAACCAGAACCAGGAGUUUAUACCUUCUCUGGCGACCGGGAUCUUGAACAUUUCCUGGAACUUGCUGAGGAAAUUGGCUUGUUGGUCAUACUGAGAGCAGGGCCGUAUAUAUGUGCAGAAUGGGACAUGGGAGGUCUGCCUGCUUGGUUAUUAGAGAAAGAAUCUAUUGUCCUGAGAUCAUCUGAUCCAGAUUACUUGGCAGCAGUAGAGAGAUGGAUGGGAGUCUUACUGCCCAAGAUGAAGUGUCAUCUUUAUCAGAAUGGCGGUCCUAUUAUUAUGGUGCAGGUUGAAAAUGAAUAUGGCAGUUACUUCACUUGCGAUUAUGAUUACCUCCGUUACCUGCAGAAUCUUUUCCGGAACCAUCUGGGGGAUGAAGUGGUGCUCUUCACAACAGAUGGUGCAAUUAAGAACUUCUUGCGUUGCGGAACUCUUCAAGGCCUUUAUGCAACUGUGGAUUUUGGACCUGGAAGUAACAUCACAGCAGCAUUUUUAAAUCAGAGACACAGUGAGCCCAAAGGACCCUUGGUCAAUUCUGAGUUCUAUACUGGCUGGUUGGACCACUGGGGCAGUAGGCAUAUGACCGUACCGGCAUCAAUUGUAGCUAAAAGCCUUAGUAAUAUUCUGGCACAUGGAGCUAGUGUUAACAUGUAUAUGUUCAUAGGAGGGACCAAUUUUGGCUAUUGGAAUGGAGCCAAUAUACCUUAUGCGGCACAACCUACUAGUUAUGAUUAUGAUGCUCCACUGAGUGAAGCAGGAGACCUCACGGAGAAAUACUUUGCUAUCAGGGAAGUCAUUGGCAUGUACAAGGAAUUACCAAAGGGCCCUAUCCCUCCAACAACACCCAAGUUUGCCUAUGGAGAAGUUGCACUGGAGAAGGUGGGUACAGUGAGGGACUUUCUAAAUGACUUGUCGCAAUCUGGACCAGUGAAAAGUACCUAUCCUUUAACAUUUGUUCAACUGAAGCAGUAUUAUGGGUUUAUACUGUACAGAACUAAGCUACCAAGAAACUGUACAGAGAAUACCACACUCCUUCCACUGUUUGAUGGAGUUCAUGAUCGUGCUUAUGUCUCUGUAAAUGGGGUACCUCAGGGAGUCCUUUCAAGACGUUAUGUGUCAAAGCUCAACAUAACAGGGACUGCUGGAGCAUAUUUGGAUUUGCUGGUAGAAAAUACGGGCCGAGUGAAUUAUGGAAGAUACAACAAUGACUUCAAGGGCCUGGUUUCAAAUAUAACUCUUGGUGAAGAGAUACUUACUGACUGGGAGAUGUAUCCAUUGGACAUUGACAAAGCAGUCAGCCAGGGCCUCCAUAAUGAAACUGGUGGGAAUAUAUCAAGCUACAAAGAACCUUCUUUUUAUACUGGAAGCUUUUCCAUUCCUAGUGGAAUACCAGAUUUACCUCAGGACACCUAUGUCCAGUUUCCUGGGUGGACAAAGGGACAAUUCUGGAUCAACGGCUUCAAUUUAGGCCGCUACUGGCCAGCGUGUGGCCCUCAAGUGACACUGUUUGUUCCGAGCAACAUCCUUGUUUCAUCCUCUCCAAACAACAUUACUGUUCUGGAACUGGAGGGCUCGCCUUGUGGCACCCAGAAAUGCUCAAUAGAGUUUGUAGACAAGCCCAACAUCAAUGCAAGCCUUCACUGUGAAAGUGAUUCUGAGAAGCUGUUUGGUACAGAUUUCAUGUUUAGUAGAGAUUUUGUUUAGCAGAGAUUUGGGAUAGACCUAGACAAUGUAUGAAUGUUCCUUCAACCUUCCUCUCAUUUUACAGAGCUUGUUAUUUUUCCUCACUCUCAAGUGUGGGAAAUCAAAUCACAAAUAGCAUUGUCUUUUUAAAAGAGAGAGAGAGAAAAUUGUGCCUUCUAUACUUUGUUUCCAAAAAAAAUCAAAUUAUUUAUGCAAAUAGGUAUAGUUUAUUAAAUUGUUGAGCACACAUCAAAUAAUACUCCUCCCCCCACCGGUGACUUUGAAUGGCUGUCCACCUUCUCUUGCCUCUGUAGAUGUCUCCAGAGUCAACAGAGAGAUGAGAGUACAUGAUAACAAUAUUUGAAAUAUAUUAACAAUAAGCUUAAUGGAAGAAGCUAAUGGCUAGGUAAUUUUUGCUAUAGAAAAUGAAACAAUCAUUUUAACUAGUGUGAAAAUGAAUUUUAAACUGGAAUGCGGCUAGGUUGUCCAUUUUUUAACACAAAUCUGUUCCCCUCUCAAACACACUAAACAUUUGCAUUUCAACAUGUGUUUUGUUUUGGUUGAUAAAUCCCAGCAUUUACUCACAUUGUGCAGUCAGCCCUUUAGCUUCUGUCUCUAGAAGUUGGUCCCAGUACUAUAAAAAUACAAAUCUGAUAGAUUCAGGAAUUUUAGGUUCAAAAUAUGCAGAUCUGAUAUUUUAAAUUUUGUUGGGCUUUGCUAUAGUAUUUUUAACUGCACAGUACAUAUAUUUGAGGCUACAGAUCCAGUAAGCAAACAGAUUCAACAAAGGGAGCCCAUAGUCAUAUUGUGCUCACUGAAACUUGUCUCACCAUCCAUCCAGUUUGCACUAGAGUUCCUUGUUUCUAGAAUAUGCAAGUGACUUUUAUCUGUCUAAUAUGCAUUACAAUUGAGAAUGACUUCUGAUUCACAAUACUAAGUUAGUGAUGAAAUUACACUCAAGCAACCAAUUCAGUCUGCUCAGUGUCUUGACAUAGUUGUAAUGCAAAAGGUGGCCUUUCAACAACGUGUCCCUCAACACUCAAGGCCACAGCAGAAGAUGUGCCUUGGUGCAUGUCCCACAAUGCCUUGGUGCAUGUACUCUGUUGUAUCCAGACUGCUGUGUAAAGUGUGGCUGUGAGUACAAGUUUGAAUGCAACCUUCAGUACAAGUCUCACAUUGAAAACACUACAUCACACUGAAACUUGCAAUGUUGUUGGCGGCUGACUAUAAGGAAAGUGUAGUGUCUGAGGUGAUAUGAAAUCUCAGCCUGUGGUGUUCGCUCUGAGAUGCUUUUUGCCUGCAACAUGCAAGCUAGCACAUUGAUUUAAUUAUGAGUGCCUGUUUAGAUAUGAAUCUAUCCACGUGGAGACUCAUUAUGAUAAUAUUUAUAAAUAUUUGCAAUGUAAAUGGAUCUUGAUGGAUUGAAUGUAGUAUGACAUAUAAAAUCAUAGGCUUGAAUAAUAUAAUUAUGAAGAAUUUGAUCCAGAGCUAAUCAGAAUGUAACAUAGUUGAGUCUAAAUCCAGAUAAACUAUGAAGAUCUAAAGGAAAUGAGGUUUUAGACAAGAUGUUUCUAAGGAAGUUGCUCUGAUUAAGAAAAUAGUGAACAGUCUUGCCACAGAAGUUUAACAAUUUGCAUAGGAUGAUUUUGAACUCUGCCUAAUUUUGCAUAUUGUUUCUGUGCCAGAUGAUAUGAAAUUAUGUGAUAAUCAGUAUUAUAGGGCAGAGUGGCUGUUUCAGAUAUCAUUGCCAUCAUUCAGAUAUCAUGCCAUCUUUUACAAAUUAAAUUUAUUUUUAACAGUUAGCUAUUUUGGAAAAACUGUAUGAAAGAAGCCUUAAGAAGGAAACAAAAUCUCAAUUGUUGAAUUAAAAGUAUCUAGUCUUUGAAUUUCUUCAA